AUGGUCGAGAGCCAAGCGGACAAAAGCACCACCGUCCCCAUCACCAAUGGCAAGCGCUCUGUCGAGGAUGUUGUCACGGAAGAUGAGCCCGCCGUGGUGAAGAAGGGGAAAUAUGAUGCCAUCCCUGGCCCUCUUGGUCUGGCAUCGGCUUCACUUGAGGGCAAGGUGGCGUUGGUUACUGGUGCAGGUCGAGGCAUAGGCCGCGAGAUGGCGCUCGAGCUCGGCCGCCGCGGGGCCAAGGUGAUUGUGAACUACGCCAGCAGCCUCUCGUCAGCCGAGGAAGUAGUAUCCGCCAUCAAGGCCACAGGCACGGACGCCACGGCCAUCCAGGCCGACGUGUCGGACGUGGACCAGAUCGUGCGGCUCUUCGCCUCGGCGCGCCAGGCCUGGGGCCGGCUCGACGUGGUGUGCUCCAACUCGGGCGUGGUCUCGUUCGGGCACGUGGGCGACGUGACGCCCGAGGAGUUUGACCGCGUGUUUGGCGUCAACACACGGGGCCAAUUCUUUGUGGCCCGCGAGGCGUACCGGACGCUCGAGGUCGGCGGGCGGCUGAUCCUCAUGGGGAGCAUCACGGGCCAGGCCAAGGCGGUGCCGCGGCAUGCCGUGUACUCGGGGAGCAAAGGGGCCAUCGAGACGUUUGUGCGGUGCAUGGCUGUGGAUUUUGGGGAUAAGAAGAUUACCGUCAAUGCGAUUGCGCCUGGAGGGAUCAAGACGGAUAUGUAUCAUGCGGUUUGUCGGGAGUAUAUUCCUCAGGGGGAUGGGCUGGAUGAUGAGGGGGUCGAUGAGUUUGCUGCUGGCUGGUCUCCCAUGCACCGUGUUGGUCUUCCCAUCGAUAUCGCCAGGGUCGUCUGCUUCCUCGCAUCGCAAGAUGGUGAGUGGAUUAACGGCAAGGUCCUCGGUAUUGAUGGUGCUGCUUGUAUGUAA